UUUCCUCCUCCUAUUCGCCCGACUGGUCUUGAGAGAGAAAAGAAAGAGAGAGAGAAAUUCAGAAAAUGGCGUCGGCGAUUGUGAGAUCUGCUAUCCGCGGUGCUGUUCGAGCUAGGGCUCCGGCUUCCAAGAGGAAUUUUUCUUCAUCUGCCCAUCAUGACGAUGCCCGUGAAGCUGCAAAAUGGGAGAAGAUUUCUUAUGUUGCAGCUGGCUCUUGCACCAUCUUUGCUAUCUAUAACCUCUCGAAGGAGCACCCACACUAUGAUGAAGCUCCUAAAUACGCACAUAUGCACAUCCGCAACAAGGAGUUUCCAUGGGGACCCGAUGGCCUUUUCGAGAGGAAACACCAUUGAUCAUCUUUGAAGUUAUCUUCGGAGAAUGCUUUUAUCUCUGCAGCAUUUGGCUUUGUUAGGGAGAAAAACCUUUACAUAUAUUUGUGGGUGUUUGUUUUUCAUUUCCAUUUCUUGUAAAACUCAAGCACUAAACCAAGCUUAUGGAAGAAAUAAGAUUUAAUCUUGAUAUUAUUAUAUUGAG